UUUUCUCCACUUGGCGAUUAUUCACGAGGAAAAAGCCCUGAGCCUGGAGGUGAUCCGACAGACGGCUGGGGACCGUGCUUUCCUGAACUUCCAGAACAACCUUAGCCAGACUCCUCUUCACCUGGCAGUGAUCACUGACCAGCCUGAAAUUGCUGAGCAUCUUCUGAAGGCCGGAUGCAACCUGGAAAUCAGGGACUUCCGAGGAAACACCCCUCUGCACAUCGCCUGCCAGCAGGGCUCCCUGAGGAGCGUCAGUGUCCUCACCCAGUACUGCCAGCCUCACCACCUCCUCGCUGUCCUACAGGCAACCAACUACAACGGACAUACAUGUCUCCAUUUGGCAUCUAUUCAAGGAUACCUGGCUGUUGUUGAAUACUUGCUGUCCUUGGGAGCAGAUGUAAAUGCUCAGGAGCCAUGCAAUGGCAGAACUGCACUACAUUUGGCUGUCGACCUGCAGAAUUCAGACCUCGUGUCACUUCUGGUGAAACAUGGGGCGGACGUGAACAAAGUGACCUACCAGGGGUACUCCCCGUAUCAGCUCACAUGGGGAAGAGAGAAUUCCAGCAUACAGGAACAGUUGAAGCAGCUGACCAUGGCCGACCUGCAGAUGUUGCCAGAAAGUGAGGAUGAGGAGAGCAGUGAAUCGGAGCCUGAAUCAACAGAGGAUGAACUUAUGUAUGAUGACUGCCUCAUUGGAGGACGACAGCUAACAUUUUAAAGCAGAGCCUUCUGUGGAAAGAAGUGACUGUGUACAUGUGUAUAGAAAAAGGAUUGACUUUUCAUUUAAAAAGAAAGUCACAAUGCAGAGGGAAAAACCAGGAGCGAAGUACUACACUGCCCAGCAAGGAGCACGUAAUUGUGGCAGGACGGUUCCAGGUUCUGGCCUGUGUUUAAAUACAGGAGUGGGAUGUGUAACACCAGUAGAGAUCUGCGAUUAUUCACACCAUGUGAUAAAGAGCCACACAGCCAAUCUUCUCAACUCUGAAGGUAACCAGCUACACAUCCAAUCUGCUAGUUACAGCAAGCUGUCUAGUGGCAUCGAGUACCACAAGGAAUGCGUAUCCUCUCAUGACAAGGCAGGCAUGUACCAGCACCCCAUGCUCUUGGAGACUCUGUGUUAUCUUCUGUUGGGCUGGUGGCUCUGCCUGGCCUUACUGACCAACCUCGGCUGCUCCCGGUGUCGUGUCCCAGGUGGAGGAGUCAAGCCAGGGGACUGGUGACCUCCUGGCUGUUAGGAAAAGUAGCAAUAAUGUUAACUGUGGGCAUUGGAAACAGUAUGUUUCACACCAUGUGUGUCAUAAUUGCUACACUUUUUAGCAAUUG